AUGGCUGCGCACCUGAGCUCGGGGCGGGUGAACCUGACGGCGCUGCGCGAGGCCGGGCGCAGGGAGCUGCGCGAGUUCCUCGACAAGUGCGCGGGCUCCAAGGCCAUCGUGUGGGACGAGUACCUGACGGGCCCCUUCGGCCUCAUCGCGCAGUACUCGCUGCUCAAGGAGCAUGAGGUGGAGAAGAUGUUCACGCUCAAGCCGGGCCGCCUGCCCCAGGCCGACGUCAAGAACGUCAUCUUCUUCGUGCGGCCCCGCCUGGAGCUCAUGGACAUCAUCACGGAMAACGUGCUGAGGGAGGACCGGGGCCGCGCGCCGCAGCGCGACUUCCACAUCCUGUUCGUGCCGCGGCGCAGCCUGCUCUGCGAGCAGUGGCUCAAGGAGCAGGGCGUGCUGGGCUCCUUCAUCCACCGCGAGCAGUACAGCCUCGACCUCAUUCCCUUYGACGGAGACCUGCUCUCCAUGGAGUCCGAGAGCGCCUUCAAGGAAUGUUACUUGGAGAGUGACCAGACAAGCCUGUACCAUGCGGCGAAGGGGCUGAUGACGCUGCAGGCUCUCUAUGGAACCAUCCCUCAGAUCUUUGGGAAGGGGGAGUGUGCCCGGCACGUGGCUAACAUGAUGAUCAGGAUGAAGCGCGAGUUCCCCGGAAGCCAGAACUCGAUCUUUCCCGUCUUUGACACCCUCUUGUUGCUCGACCGUAACGUCGAUCUGCUGACGCCUUUAGCGACRCAGCUGACGUACGAAGGGCUGAUUGAUGAAAUCUAUGGAAUUCAGAACACUUAUGUGAAACUCCCUCCUGAGAAGUUUGCUCCAAAGAAGCAGGGUGAUGGUGGCAAAGAUCUGCCCACAGAACCCAAGAAGCUGCAGCUGAAUUCUGCUGAAGAGCUGUAUGCGGAAAUCCGUGACAAGAACUUCAAUGCUGUGGGGUCGGUGCUGAGCAAGAAAGCCAAGAUCAUCUCAGCAGCCUUUGAGGAAAGACACCACGCUAAAACCGUUGGAGAGAUUAAGCAGUUUGUCUCGCAGUUGCCACACAUGCAGGCAGCAAGGAGCUCUCUGGCGAACCACACCUCAAUUGCAGAACUCAUCAAGGACAUCACCACAUCGGAAGAUUUCUUCGAUAAUUUAACAGUGGAACAAGAGUUUAUGUCUGGAAUAGACACAGACAAGGUUAACAAUUACAUUGAAGACUGCAUCGCUCAGAAACAUCCCUUAAUUAAGAUCUUGCGUCUUGUUUGCUUGCAAUCUGUGUGCAACAGUGGUCUAAAACAGAAGGUUCUGGACUACUACAAAAAAGAGAUUCUCCAGACUUAUGGCUAUGAGCAUAUAUUGACAUUAAACAACUUGGAAAAGGCCGGACUCUUGAAAUCACAGACAAGUGGUAGGAAUAACUACCCAACAAUCAGGAAAACCCUGCGCUUAUGGAUGGAUGAUGUUAAUGAACAGAAUCCCAACGAUAUCUCCUACGUGUACAGCGGCUACGCGCCGCUGAGCGUGCGCCUGGCGCAGCUCCUGGCUCGCCCAGGCUGGCGGAGCAUAGAAGARGUUCUAAAGAUGCUGCCUGGUCCCCAUUUUGAGGAGAGGCAGCAGCUGCCUACUGGCCUUCAGAAAAAACGUCAGCACGGUGAGAACCGAGUCACUCUGGUGUUCUUCCUGGGAGGYGUGACGUACGCAGAGAUCGCAGCACUCAGAUUUCUGUCUCAAAUGGAAGAUGGGGGCACAGAAUAUGUCAUUGCCACCACAAAACUGAUCAAUGGAACAAGCUGGAUCAAAUCCCUCAUGGAAAAACUGGAGCCUGCCCCUUUCUAGAGUCUGUGGCAAGAGACUAACACUAAGAGGCCGUGUGUGAUACAGGUGUGUGGGUCUCUGGUCUUCUGGCAUGGCUGCCUAUGCAUCAGAGAAGGAAGAGACUCUCCUGAGGCCAGGUUAUGAUGCAGUUACCCACAUUCCGCUCUGCACUUUGGUGUUCCUGCUCUGUGUGGAACUUCCUGACAGACAAGCAGUGCUGAAAUGCACUUUCAAUGAAAUAAUAAAAAAUAGGAGAAAGAGACAUCACUGCCUGUGGUCUGAAUACUCAUCCCAGUGCUAGGGGAGGGAGCCUGGUCCCUCCAUUAGACAGUUAGCAUUUUUUUUUCUUCCUUUCAGGCUAGUUUUAAUCUGGUAAUGUGAUUACUUUUUUUUGUUGCCUUCCUAAGAAGGCAGGAGGCAGGAUGUCUUCUGCUUCUUAUUGCAUACUAAUAUUUCUAGUCUCUCCCAUCUGGUAAUUCUGUCAGUGCACUGAGAUCUGCUGCUGUCAGAUCUGUACUCAGAUGUGCUUUGAAAGGCUGCCACUACGAGCCCCCUAAAAYGGGCUGAUUUCCUUUUCUCUGGGUUCCCUCCAUAUUCUGUAUUUACAGGGAGCUACAGUGGUUUCCUUUCUGGGCCAUGCUUAGGCUCUGUGCAGAACUACUGUACUGUGUUUAGACCUACAAACAUUCUUUGUUCUGGGUUUAUUAAUGCUGCUGUAUGGGUGUUACCUGAGCCAGUAAUUUUUGUGAUGUCUUCUUUAUGACUUAGACU